AUUAAUAUAAGUACUAAUUAUCUUAAAUUUACUGCAUAAAAAACCAGAAGCAUCUUUUUAUGUUAAAACCAGAGCAGUUUUCCUAUAAAUGAAUGUUUGAUAUCUGACACAAAGAACAGAGUGAUGGUGACAUUCUCCGUCGGUGGAUGCGACGACGGUGAAGGACCUAGCAACCCGAACCAGAAGCGCCGGAGGGUAGACGACGGAGAAGAAACAGCUUCUACAAGAGAAGAAGAAAAUCAACAACCCCAAGAAGGUUUCGAAAUGGAAAAUCCCCCAAUUGGAACCCUAGAAAACGACACAAACGAAAGAACAUCUGGAUCCAACGUAGAUCAAACUAAGGAAUUGGGUAAGAACGUAUCUGCCAUCAUUUCCGACCCUGACGUUCUCGAUUGCUUCAUUUGCUCUGAACCAUUGACAAUUCCUAUAUUCCAGUGUGAGAAUGGGCAUAUUGCUUGCUCUAAAUGUUGUGGGGAACUUAGGAACAAAUGUCCCAUGUGCUUAAUGCCCAUUGGGUACAAUCGUUGCCGUGCUGUGGAGAAGUUGUUGGAAUCGAUUAAAAUAUCAUGCCCGAAUGCAAAAUAUGGCUGCAAAGAUAUGUUUAGUUGCAAUUUGAAAACUAGCCACGAGAAGGAAUGUGUAUACAUACCAUGUAAGUGUCCACAUACAGGUUGCGACUUUCUUGCAUCAUCGAAAGAGUUAGCUCUCCACUUCAGCCAUAGACAUGUAGGCUUUGGAAUACAGUUUUCGUACGACAAAUUUAUAUCUGUCUCAUUAAAUACUCGCCAGAAAGAAAUUGUUCUUCUAGAUCAAAAUGAUGCAAGACUAUUUAUCGUUCACAAUAACCUUGUUGAUCUGGGAAAUAUGGUCCAUGUUAGUUGCCUUGGCCCGAAAUCGGUAAAAGAUAUUCAUUAUGAUGUGUUGGCUAGGUCUCAGGGGAGCACAUUAAUAUUGCAAUCUUUUAUGAAGACUAUUCAAGACAAUAAUGGCUGUGUACAACUAACUUUCUUUUGAUUCCUUCCGAUCAUUUUGGUUUUGGACAACUCAAAUUGAAUAUUCGUAUAAAGUCUCAACUAAACCAUACCUGAAGAUCGAAAGAGGCUAAAACUCUGUUGAUUGCUAUAUGUAUUUGCUUACUUUAGGAUUUUACCAAUGUCUCAAUGGAAGACACAACAGAAUUUGACAACUCUCAAGAAAGAUGCUGAUGUUUUGAGUAGGGAAAUGAAACAAAAAUGCUUUUGUUGCUGUAUUUGACUAUAGUUUCAACUUUCAAGGUUAUCAAGUAAAUAUGUAAUAUGUUAAAAUUCUAAUUUUUCUUUUGAGUUAUCUGUUGAAUAUUAGUUUAGUUUGUUUGGGUGCUUUUCCUGUUUAAAAUAAAGCAAUUGUUGCUUACAAUAUUUUGCAGCCAUAUUGCAAGGAGUUUCCUAGGAUCAAGUUGCAUGGAUUUGUUAUUA